GUUGACAUUGAGGCUUUGACUAUGAUGAUUAGGUCGGCUUUAGUGGUGGUUCUAAUGGUUUGGGCAUUGCCCCUUCUAUCACAUUCAUUGCGAUUCGACAUGCAAUCAGGAGAGACUAAAUGCAUCUCCGAAGAUAUCAAAAGAAAUUCAAUGACGAUGGGAACGUACCGUGUUGUCAACCCCAACGACGAUCGGCCCUUGGGUUAUUAUCACCUUCUUAGCGUCAAGGUGAGAUGGACGCAUGGGCUUAUUAUUCAGUCGGCGGAGAAGGUGGGGGGAGGGGAAUUUGUGUUUACGACGGCGGAGCAGGGAGAUUACAUGACUUGCUUUACGGCUCCGGGUCAUUCGCCGUCGACGACGUUGACCGUUGAUUUUGAGUGGAGGACAAGUGUUCAGUUUAAGGAAUGGGUUAAUAUCGCCAAGAAAGGCCAAGUGGAUGACAUGGAACUGGAGCUGAGAAAGUUGCAUCAAACUGUUAAUUCCAUUCAUGAGGAACUGUUUUAUUUCCGGGAAAUAGAAGAAGAAAUGGAGGAGCUGACCCAAGAGACUACCACCAAAAUGAUCUGGUUGUCCUUCCUCUCUCUCUUUCUUGGCUUGUCAGUUGCAGGAAUACAGUUCUGGUACUUGAAAACCUUCUUCCAGAGAAGGAAGCUCAUUUAAGUACA